GACACAUUCAUGGCGACAAAAAUUGUGUCACUUAUGGUAUUCAUAUCCUUCUCUUCUUCUAUAUUCUCAACAGCCCAAUCGAAAAAUGGUUGUGGCAACAUAAAAUGGUGGUGCAACACCACGCCGCAUCCUGAGCCCUGCAAGUAUUUCAUGAGCCAUAGCCACCAACGUUUUGCACCCGAUCAUAAGUCCGAUUUUCGGAGGAUGUUGGUGCAAGUAGCCAUGGAUCGAGCCCUUCAUGGGCAGAGGCAGGUGCUGCGGUCCGGCUCCAAUUGUGUGAACAAGUGGCAGAAAGGCGCUUUGAAUGACUGUUUGAAGCUCUAUGAGGACACCGUGUACCAGCUAAAUCAAACUCUUCAAGGCCUACAUGGUAACCAAAGUUGUAGCGAUUUUGAUGCUCAAACAUGGCUUAGCACCGCCUUUACGAAUCUAGAAACUUGUCAAGACAGCGCCAAGGAUCUUAACGUCACAAACUUCAUAUUCCCCCUCAUGUCCAACAAUGUUUCUGAGCUCAUCAGCAACAGCUUGGCUAUAAAUGAUGGACUUAUGGAGGGAACCAGUUAUAGAGGGGGAUUUCCUAGCUGGGUUUCGGCUGGUGAGAGGAAGUUGUUGCAGUCUACGUCGCUUGCUACAAGUGCAAAUCUUGUAGUAGCGAAGGAUGGCUCGGGAGAUUUUAGCUCCAUUCAAGCUGCUAUAAAUGCAGCAGCGAAGAGGACAAGCAGUGGGAGGUUCAUUAUAUAUGUGAAAAAGGGUCUUUAUAGGGAGAAUAUUGAAGUUGGCAUCAAUGUAAACAAUAUUACGCUGGUUGGUGAUGGCAUGAAGAAAACAAUCAUCACUGGCAGCAGGAGUGUUAGAGGAGGCUACACCACCUACAACUCUGCAACUGCUGGAAUCCAAGGUCUUCGCUUUAUCGCACGAGGCAUUACAUUCAAGAACACAGCCGGUCCAAAAAAUGGCCAAGCAGUUGCACUCAGAUCAAGUUCUGAUCUCUCGGUCUUCUACCACUGUGCCUUCCAAGGGUACCAAGAUACCCUCAUGGUCCACUCCCAACGGCAAUUCUAUAGAGAAUGCUACAUCUAUGGCACCAUAGACUUCAUAUUUGGAAACGCAGCAGUAGUUUUCCAACAGUGCAUGAUCUUUGCUAGAAGGCCCCUACAAGGCCAAGCCAACGUGAUCACAGCUCAGGGCCGGGGCGAUCCAUACCAAAACACUGGAAUAUCCAUCCAUAAUUCUCGAAUUCUUGCUGCAUCUGACCUAAAGCCAGUGGUUGGAUCAUUCAAAACAUACUUGGGAAGGCCAUGGCAGCAAUAUUCACGAACCGUUAUCCUCAAAACUUACCUUGAUAGCUUGGUUGAUCCAUCAGGGUGGUCACCAUGGGGCACUUCUAAUUUUGCUCAGAGUACAUUGUAUUAUGGUGAAUAUCAGAAUUUUGGACCUUCUUCAUCAACCAGAAAUAGGGUGAAGUGGUCUGGUUAUCAUGUUAUUACUAGUGCAACCGUGGCAUCGCGGUUCACCGUCGGCAGCUUCAUUGCUGGCCAGUCAUGGCUGCCGGCCACCGGUGUGCCCUUCACUUCCGGGCUCUGA